GACUGGCUGACUAAACGCUAACAGCGGGUUCGUCGCGCCAAUACGUAGUUUGGGUUAUGUAACCAUCCGAAUUUACAAUAUUUUAAUAAACUAUUCAUCGUUUUCAAAACAUCCAAUCCCCAGUCCCGGGGCUAGCUGGCUAAGACUUCAUUUUCGCCCAAAAAGAGAGAAGACUUCAAAACUUAGCCAACACACACACACAGCACUGACGCUAAAGAAAUGUUGCUCAGCAAACAUUGACGUUAGCGGACAGAUGUCUGCAAGCUCCUCUUCGUCCAACACCCUACUCUGAUGUGAGUUGAGCAAAUCGAUCUGUUGGGAAGGGCCUAAAAGUUUGAGGAUCGGCCUCAGGGUGGUGGAGAUUCCAGUUGUUUUGGACAAGUCAGGUUUUCAGGGGCAGCGUGAGUGCUUCUCACCCACCAGCAUGCACACUGGACAACGGAUACCUUAGCCAAAACAGAUCCUGGCUUCCCAAAGAUGACAAGGUGCUGGCAGGACGCAGCGACAAAAUGAUGGGAGGCAGUGAGACCGGCAGCGGAGACAAGGAUGCGGUCCACACUGCUGCAAUACACGUCCCCAUUGGCUGGCUCCGGCGAGUGGAGGGAGGGCAGGUGACCUAUGUCAGCCCCAGCGGCACCACCCUGUCCACGCUGGAGGAGGUCAAGACCUACCUGCUGACUGAUGGUACCUGCAAAUGUGGUCUGGAGUGCCCACUCAUCAUUCAUAAGGUUUUCAACUUCAGCGUGGGCGUGAAGGUGGAGCAGAACAGCCAGCCGUCAUGUAAAGCAGAGCAGGACAUGACCAAAUUGUGCAAUCACCGCAGGAAAGUGGUGGCGAUGGCUGCUCUGUGUCGGAGUAUGCAGGCCUCACAGCUUCCAUUUACCACCUUUCAUCAUCCAGAUGUAACUCGAGGGGACGGCAGAGAUCCAAAAAAGGAACAUUCCGAGCAUAAAGACGACGACCGUGGACUUUUUUACUCAAAACACAACCCAGGACCAACCCGGGGGCACAACAACCUCCACCCUAACCCUUGCCCCAGCCCUAAAUCCUCCCAUCAGUUUGUCUAUCCUUACAACGGCUCCUCCCCCGUGCUCGGUGCCGGCACAAAUAGCCACCAUUCCCCCGACGCUUUCAGAAGACAUCAUCCUCCUCCUGUCCCGGUCUCCUCCUCCGCUUCCACCAGCUCCUCGUUUCCACCUCACAGCCCCGCGCAGAGGUCGCCCCGCACCCCCACGCCUCAAAACACCAGUCAGGGUCAAAUGGCACCCAAGACCCCCGAGACCUCCAGCUCGCCUUGGUUCGCUCCCCUGUCAUCACCUCCUCCCUCCUCCCCCAUGAGCCUCGGAGGAGCGAGGGGAGCACAGACUCAUGCUCAUUACCCUCUAACUCCCCUGUCGCCAGCUAACUCCUUCUCUCCCUCUGUCCACGCCAUGCCCUCUCACCAGCGCUCCCGCCACCCGUCUGCCUCUCCUUCCUCUGUGUCCGAGCACGGCGGAGGCUCCACAGCAGCAGGAGGAGGAGGAGGAGGACCGAUGGGAAACAACUUGCCUCACAGGAGGAAGUCCGCCUCUUCCUCUCCACACUCCCCGGUCCCCGGCGGCUCCCCGCUUCCCAGCCCCCACUUCCCCAAAUACAAGCUGGAGGACAUCUUGGAGCAGUUUAAGAACUCAGGCAACAGCAGCACUAACAACCACCACGUCCUGAACCCCGCCACUCCCCCUUCACUGAGCAACCAAAGCAGCGGCCACCCUCAUACCGUCUCCUCCAAGCCCUCCAAGGGCAGCGCGGCUCCGGCCGACUGUGCGGGCCCCAAAGCGUUUGGCCUGAAUCAGUCUGGGCCCUCUAGUUUGCCUCUGGGGCCACUGCUGAACCACCACUAUAGCCAUCAGGGCAAGCUGCCGCACCCGGUUUCGUUCCCCGCCAGCAGCCUGCUGUCGGCGGCGGCCAAGGCUCAGCUGGCUAACCAGAUAACCCAGGGCUCGAGCGCGUCCAGCGGCGCAGGGAACUUGCACUCCUCCCUGGAUGCCCUGAAAGAGGCACAGCAGCAGCAAAAGGUAACAAACAGCACUUUAAGCAACAGCGUCGCUUCCUCCUCCGUCGCUUCUGCUAGGCUUUCUCAUCCCUCCCUCGCAGCAGCCUCCGCUGUCCUCUUCCCCCCAUCCCAAACCCUGGCCCACCCCCUCGCGUCGUCCUCGCCCCACCCGCCCCCCGCGGCCGAACGCAGCGCAUCGCACAGGAAGAGACAGCGGCGGUCCCCCGCCGUCGUCGGCGCGCCGAGAGAAACGCCGCCGCUGGCCAACGGCGUUCAGAAGCCUCCGCCUGACGAGGCCGCGUCCGCCACCGUCAUCAACCUUUCCUCCUCUUCCACGUCCUUCCCCCCCUCCUCCUCCUCCUCCUCCUCACAGUCCUACUCUACCUCAGCUGCGCAGAAUCGGAGUACUGUCACGUUGGAGAACCAUAAUCUAAACCUCCCCGGGCAGGUGCCCAGGCUCCUCCCGCAGCCGGGACACCUUUCCAGGCCUCCUCGGCCAAACGAGGCCCUGAACUUCACUACAGCCCCGGCGCCCGCGUCUCUCGGCUUGGACCCCCCGACCCAGCCGCUGUCGGCGCUGCUACACCUGCUCAGCGUGCAGAACGCGCAGGCCGCCGCGGCUCAGUCCAGAACGGCCGAAGGAGGCGGAGACACUAACGAACAAGUCUCCAGGCAGUCCCCGCCGUCUCCAGCCUCCACCCCCAACGUCCGGCACCCACAGACGAGAGCCUCAUGCCAAACGGAUAACACUAAUCCCCUGUCCCUGGUGCAGCAGCCACUUUCUUCCCCUCGCGCCUCCUCCUCCUCCUCCUCCUCUCCGCUCACCUCGCAGUCCCAGUCUCCUCCACGAUCUACGACGUCGAGCCUUCUGCAAAGAGGCUCUCCUCCGACGUCGAGUGAAGUUUUUCAGAACAACCCGUCUCGGCGGGCGGCCUCCUCUCUCGCAGACGCGGACCAGCCCUGCGAUAAUCACGUUCCCCCGGCAGGCCCGGCGUCCCCGGUGUCGUUGCGCGGAGCCUCUCCUCGGGGAGCGGUGGCAGUGGAGGCUGCUGGCGACGGCACGUCGACGGCGGGGGACCCGAGCCUCGCUGAAGGCAAUGCUUCUGCAGCCGUGCCCUCCUCCCCAAAGCCCCUCGACCUCAGUAACCACGUCCUGGCUCUUUUCUCCGCGCCGUCCGCUGGGACCCAGGCGGAUGGAGAUUCCUCCAGCUACGCCACCAAUGCUGACGCGUCUUCCCCAGAAAAUCCCACAGCAGUGGCGACCCCUCCAUCAUCCACUAGUCCCGCCUUCUCUGCACACCACGAGGGGAGCCACAGCCCACCCAGCCCUCCGGCUGUGGGGGAGUCCCCGGGCUCGUUGGCUCUGGCCGAGGCUUUUCCCUUCAUGAACCAGGAGCAGCUGCUUCAGCUGCUGUCGUCCACGGGAGGUUUACCGUCUCUCCUGGACUCCACGGUCCUGGCUUCGCUGCCCUUAGGGGGGCUUUGGUUGGGCGGGCAACAUGCACAGUUGCCUCCCGCCUCGGUUCCUCCUCAGCCACCGCUGGGUCUCGCGGAGCAGCACCAACCGGAGCAGCCGCACCUCCUGGUGCCGGAAACACAGCAACAAAACCAAGAGCAACAACACAAGCAGCAGCAGCAGGUUAACAGCAACCCUUUGUUUCCCUUGUUGCCCUUGCUGAGCGGCGGACAGGGGGAGCUGCCGCUGAACCUUUUGGGCCUGCUGAACCCGCUGGCUGCCUCGGCACCGUCGGCGGGACAGGAACCAGAUCUAACAGAGAGGUCAAGUCUUCAAGCCCUCCUCAUGGCCUCGGUUUUAGUCGGGCAGCAGCCGGCCUCCCUGCUACCUCUGUCUGUGCUGGGUCAUCUGAACCAGAUCAGCGUAGAAGUUCCCAUUCAGCACUCGCACCAGAUCCCGGCCACUCUGGAGGGCCUCAACCUCGACAAGAUCUCCGGCCUCCUUGACCCAACCUCCCUGACGGGCUCAGGCCUCUUAGACAUAACCCACGGCCUCCUUCCCAUCACUGCAGGAGCCGAGAGCGCCAUGCAGGCUCUGCAGUCUCUGCUCCUUCCCGCCGCUCUUCCUCCUCCCCCUGCAGCCUUCCUGCCCCUCAGCCCCGCUCUGCUCACCGCUGCCCUCAGCUCUGCUGAGCUCCACUCUCCUCCCAACACCCAGUUAGCUCCUGCGCAGCAAACCCAGCACACCCAACCUCAGGUACCCACUGAGACGGCUGUUGACACCCUCAUCCCCGUGUCUCUCCAAGGCAAAGACAACCCCCUCCUCCAACAAUUACUUCCUACUUUGCUGAACCCAUCUAUGUUAGGAGAUGUUUCUGGCAUCGCCGGGCUCCAGAACAUGGUCAGCAUUGGAGCAGGUUCCAUUCUGCUGUCCCCGGUUCAAGCUUCUGCUUUGGGUUUGCUGCAAAGUCCCGAUGGAGGAAUCAACUUGCUCAAUAACAUCCAGCUGAACCUGGCGCCAGCCUCAGAUGGGGAGAAACCUGGCUCUCUGCAGGAAACCCAAAGACCAGCGGCACAGGAAGAGCUGCCAGCCAGUGAAAUUGCUCCUGAAGCGGUCCAUUGUCCCGUCUCAGCCCUGCCUCCGUCUUCUGCCCAAGAGCCCACGCCACCUGCUCAGAGGGGGUCUGAAGGCAGGUCUGUCAUUGACCCUUACACUUCUUUCAUGGACACCAUUUACACCUCCUUUCUUCAAGUGAGUGCUAAAGAGCAGGAGGACAGGGCUCAGCUGGGGCCACCGGACCCUACUUCACCCUUCUGUGCCUUACCGCCGGUUUCUUUCCCUCUAGAGCACCAUAGCUCAUCCACUAAUGUCCCAACUCUGCCCCAGGCGAGUGCCCCCGUCUCCCUGAGCCCGCGGCGAGCUUGUUCACUUCGCAACCCGGACUUAUCGCGACUCAGUCUGGAGGCUGCCGCUCAUUCCCCGGCCCAGGGGACACCCAAACCCACAGAGGACGGGCCUACGUCUCCCCUCCAGAGAAAGCCAGUUAUUGAGGGACACACCCACCUAGAGCCCCCAUUGCCACCCAUAUACCUGGAGGAGACUAAGACGGACUGUACGGGUCCCGCGGCAGCCCUCUGUCCGUUUGUGGAAGCGGGCGUGGAGAGGCAGGGACAAUUUCCCCAUGCGGGAUACCUCAGUCCCAGAGACGGAUGCAGCGAGAGGCCCAACAAGGAGACAGCUGAGACACUGCUGCUGACGGGACAGGGCAUGGAUCAAGCCGAGGCAGCAGGUGGAGCCAGAAGAGGCAGGAAAAGAAAACAAACGCUUCAGAACGUGUUGGAGGACUUCAGAGACAUGGAUGCUACAGCACUAGAGGAAACCAAGGCUACAGCAGCCCUCCUGAAGCCUGACAGGUCUGUGCGCGGCAGGCGGAGACGAGGUACCAGAUCUCAAAGGCAGUGAUUAGUGGAAGAAGCUGAUGAGCAGUAAAAAGGCGGCCAGACGCCUCCCGACACACCCCAUCCAUCUCUCUGCUGUCGUCACUACUGCUUAGACCUUUUUAAUGGAAAAAUCAACUGCACUAAUAAGAUGCCGUUGUCAGGUCAAUCAUGAGUAUGGCAACCACUAUUUAAAAUGACACAUAGGAGAAAGAUAUAGUCAGAUGAAUUUAUUUUUAAAACUGUGGGGUGGGGAGAUUUUUGUGGAUAGUUUUUUCACUAGAUUUUCUCUUAAGUCAUAAAACAAUGUCUGGACUUUGUGAUCAGAGACCUUUCAGAUAGGUUGGUGUUAUAUUGAUAAAAACAAACGAGUACUGUUUUCUUCUCAUCAGUGUGUAACUAUGAGUCAGG